AGUGCCGAUGAGAAAAGGAUGUAGGAAAUUCUGUUGUUUACACAUGUGUCUGUUGCACUGAGAAGAAAGAGGAGCCCAGCAAACUCACAGGGAUUUUGGGCAGCUACUGAUAUGAAUUCCUUAUCUGUGGUUCUUCUUGUGGGAAUUUGUCACUUGUGCAGCCAACUUACAAGUUCUCACAGGUACAGAGUUGGAAUCAUCUAUUCAUGCUCAAAAGUGCAGGCAACAUUCAGCCUAUCAUAAAAUGAUUAGAAGCCUAAGACACCCCCAGCUUACUGUACAAGCCUACUUCAAUAAUUGCAGCUGAGUGAAAUUAGAUGAUGAAUCAAAACAUGAAUGUAGACUCCAUUCAGAAGCAAAUGGAAGAGAUGGAGGUUUUUGGGACCCAACCAACACAACCUGAUAAAUUAGAUAGAUGUUGGCAACCAACAUUGUGUCAUUCAAAUCUUCCAUCUCAAGGUUUCUUCCCAGAUUCACCCCAUUAUGCAGAUAUGCAUGCAAGUUACAGCAGUGAUUGGGAAAUUUUUGAAGCAGUAAAAAUUCAGGAACUGGAGGAAGUCAAAGCCAGAGCUGCCCAGAUGGAGAAGACCAUGCGCUGGUGGUCAGACUGCACCGCCAAUUGGAGGGAGAAAUGGAGCAAAGUUCGAGGAGAAAGAAAUAAGGCACGAGAGGAAGCAAGGCAGCUGAGAAUCAAACUGGACAGUGCCAUAAAAGAGCUAAGUGUGCUUAAAAAAUUAAAUCAGGAUUUAGCAAGUGGGAAGGGAAAUUCAGAAAAUGGAACUGCUUGGAAAACAGAAUGCUGUUGUUCUGAAAGAUCCUAUUUUAAAAAAGACCAAAAUCUGUUAAUGUUUCUGGAACCAGAAUCUCCAAAAGACAUAAACAAAAUCAUCAAAAUUCCUGGGGCAGAAGACACAAAGGAUGUAAACAAAGACCAAAGAAAUGACAAAAAUUUCACCCCAAACCCUCCUGAUUUCUUCACCAAUGGACUUCCCAGCAUCCAUUUGGAGGAAUCAAAACUAAGUUUGGGCACUACAGCUAAGACAACAGAGAAUGAUUUAAUACAUGUAUCAGUCUUAAAUUUGCAUUUGUCUGAGAUGAGAAAAUUCUUACAGAAGGAAAGAGAAAUGAACGUGUUUCUGGAGAAAGAAAUGGAAAAGAUGGAAAAUGAAUUAUUUCUUUGGAAAUGGAAAUAUGAAGAACUGAGACAAACCAAGCUGGAAAGCCUGAAACAGCUGGAAAGAAUGCAGUGCAAGAAUGCUUCUGAAUGGGGAGAGAGAAAGCAACUAGAAGCAGAAAAACAAAGUUUGGAAGAAGAGACCAGAAAACUAAAAAUGCAGAGUAAAAAGGAGGAAGAAAGAGAACACAGGGUUUGGAAUCAGACAAAGUUCCUUGCCUGCUGUUGGAGAUUCUACCACGACAGUGAGUGAAGAUGUGGGAGAUCACCAAAAAGCCCUGCAGCAACAAGAGAGAGAGGCAAACAUUGUUCAUAAAGACAUACAAGAAAGUUUCACUGGAGAAGUGCAUGUCAGAUGAAUAUAGGAAUACUGUAUGCAUUGUUUCUAUGUAUUCCUGAUUUUUUAUAAGAAGCAAAGGAAAUAUGUUAGACUCUUCUAAAGCAAAAGGUGGACUUUAGUUAAAUUGUCCCAUAUUUUGCCAUUGGGAAAAAAAGACUUUAGAAUGUGCAUGGUAUGUGACAGAGUUUCAUAUUCUGUCCUGGGAAGACAUGAAGUCUGGAAUGGAGGUCAGUGGUAUGUUUCUUGUUUGUUUGUGUAUUUUACUUUCAUGCAGCAGUGGAAAAAAUAUCUGUAUCACAAGACCACCAAUAUUACCAGGAUGAUAUGUGUAUUACACUUUUUUUUCAUUAAAAAAAAAAGAAGAAGAAGAAGAUAAAAAUAUUUUAUUUUGAAUACCCAAAUAUUAACACAUAAAAAUUUGAUUAAAUAAUAUCCAUUCCUUAUGUUUCUUCUACUCACAUAUAAUAAAAUUAAUGCAUCUCAAAUUUG